AACCUUGGGAGCUGACCUAUUCACGCUGAAAGACAAGACUUAUCUACUAGUAGUAGAUUAUUUCUCAAGGUAUGUGGAAGUUGCGCUGCUGUCACCCACAAGGUCCACAGAUGUGGUGGUACACCUGAAAUCCAUGUUUUCUCGUCAUGGAAUUGGUGAAGUUCUUAAAAGUGACAAUGGACCCCAGUUCUCAGGUAGCCACUUUAAAGCCUUUGCAGCAGAGUAUGGUUUUGUGCACAUCACGAGCAGCUCCAGGUUUCCUCAGAGCAAUGGGGAGGCGGAACGCGCUGUACAAACCGUGAAAAACCUGCUAACAAAGGCGUCAGACCCAUAUCUUGCAUUGCUGGCCUACAGAGCAACCCCUCUACAGAACGGCUAUAGCCCGGCCGAGCUGUUGAUGGGGCGCCGCCUCCGCACUACAGUUCCUGCCCUUCCAACCCUGCUGAAUCCAGUUUUGCCUGACUACAACGCGCUGGGGGCCAAAGAAAGGGAGAAGAGGAGGAACGACGCAAGAUCCUUCGACAAGAGGCACGGAGCGAGAAAUCUGGAGCCACUAGUACCUGGGGAGGAUGUGUGGAUCACCGAUGCACGAGUCCAGGGCACAGUGCUAUCUACACACAAUACCCCUCGCUCUUAUAUCGUCCAGGUGCCUCAGGGCACACUGAGGAGGAACCGGCAGCACUUGGUGCCGCUGCAGACCAACAGUGGGGUAGUCGACGCUGAUGAGCCACCGGUGGGAGAAGAUUCACCUACACCAGAGCCAGCUCCAUCAGUGACAACAUCACCCAGCAGAGAGGGCCCCACCACAGAGACUGUGCAGACCAGGUGUGGGAGAGAGGUUAGAAAGCCGAAGAGACUUGAUUGGUGAUUUAUUGAUCUGUUUUCACAGUAAAGGAAAAGAGAGUGAAAUGUGAUUGAUAAAUUGUUCUGUAAACCUGGUACAUUUACCUGAAACCUGAGAGUUUAAGGGAAGUGUGAUUGUGAAAUUGUUCUGUAAACCUGGUACAUUUACCUGAAACCUGAGAGUUUACGUUUUGAAGAACACAGCCUGCUAAAGUAAUAGUUCACAGUAUGGUAACGCGUAAGUUAUUUUAUUUCUAUUUUGCAUGCUUGAAUCAGGGACAGGUCUUCCAGCAAAAGGGCAGAAUAAACCCCUUAAGACCUGCGGAGACAAAGGUAGUCCACCCUUUGUUCUCAAAGAAAGGGAGAUGUGGUAUUAUGGGAAUAAUAGUGUAAGGAAUGCGGUGGCCGGAUGUGACGUGGGAAACCGGGGGUGGCAGUUGAGGAGUUGCCCGGGCAUGCACACGAACCUGCGGCUGCUGUACAGAGUUGUUAAAUAAAGAUAUACUCCGUUUACGUCGUGGUACGAGCCUAUUAUACAAAUAACUCGACAGUCAGUGGAAAUGUCGAAGAGCACCCCGAAUCUGGCUGUAGAUUGACUAUUGCAUGUUAGUCAAUCAGAAUGCUUAGUAAUUAUAACUCCGCCUAAUUAUAUGAUUUAUACUGUAAGAACUCGCCUGCUGCCUGCCAGUAGCUGUAGCAGUGUGAACGUGUGACGUCCUGCUUAGAUGAUAAUGACCUGAACAAUAAAGAUGCUUGUGCUUCCACCUGUGUGGGAUUAAGCUCUUUACAUGGUAUCAGAAAAUCGGGUCUAGCCCGUGUCUGUUUACCGCAAUUUAUUUUGUUUAUCAGUUUUUAUUUGUGAGUGAUUUUGACGACAUGGCUAUCUCUUGUUGAAAGCCAAGUCCGCUCGUGUUUGAUUCUGAUAUAGCUGAACGCUGGCGAAUGCUUGAGUGAGACUAUGCUCAUUAUAUCCGCAUAGUUCACCGAAACGACCCCGAUGACCUAAAAGCAUCGCUACUGUUGAAUCUAGCGGGUCCCGAAGCUAUGAUCCGCACAAAUUUUUUUUAAUUCGCACCGGCACACUUAGACGGGAACGGUCUGGUGUCGGCGCCAGCUGAGACUAUCGACUACACAGCGGUUCUGCUGAGAAAGUUCAGAGAACUGUAUGACCUACCAUCGAAUCGUAUACUUGAGAGAACAAGAUUUUUUGCCCGACAACAACAGGCUGUCGAGCCUGUGGAACGAUUUAUCAGCGACCUAAGACAUAUCAGCUCACGGUGCCAUUUUGGAGCACUGCUUCAAGGACAAAUCUACACCUGAUUCAACAAGAGCAGGCUGAUUCUGAUUCCCAGGAACAAGACGAUGUCUCCCACGGGAAUGAUUCCAAUAACACACACACACACUGACUCUACCGUACUCUCCUUAAACCUACGCUCCCCAGGCAAACUGAUGGAUCAUUCGGUGACCAUGAUAAUCAAUAACAAAUCUCUGAAUGCCAAGGUUGACACGGGGCCAGAGUAAACGUUAUGUCAAUCAAAGAGUUCAACAAGAACUCAUGAAAAGCACUGAAACACUGAACCCAUGAAAAAGGACUCCUCCACCAUACAUGCAUACAGUGGG